UGGGAGUGGGGUGGGGUCUGCCGGGCGAGCAUUCCCGGCGGGUCCCGGCCUCGCGCGCGCACGUGUCUGCUUGCUCGCGCACGCGGUCCUGGCGCAGCCGGAAAGGAAUAAUGCUGUCAGCAUGUCUGCACACUCCAUGCUCUGUGAACGAAUCGCCAUCGCCAAGGAACUGAUCAAGAGAGCAGAAUCACUGUCUAGAUCAAGAAAAGGCGGCAUAGAAGGUGGCGCAAAGCUGUGCAGCAAAUUGAAGGCAGAGUUAAAAUUCUUACAGAAAGUAGAAGCCGGGAAAGUAGCAAUUAAGGAAUCCCAUCUGCAGAGCACUAACCUAACACACCUAAGAGCCAUCGUGGAAUCAGCAGAAAACUUGGAAGAAGUUGUUAGUGUUCUUCAUGUCUUUGGUUACACAGAUACCGUGGGAGAAAAGCAGACCCUUUUGGUGGAUGUGGUUGCCAAUGGUGGUCAUACGUGGGUGAAGGCCAUUGGCCGAAAGGCUGAAGCUCUUCAUAACAUCUGGCUGGGCAGGGGCCAGUAUGGUGACAAAAGUAUCAUUGAGCAGGCUGAAGACUUCCUCCAGGCCAGUCACCAGCAGCCAGUGCAGUACAGCAACCCUCACAUCAUCUUUGCAUUUUACAACAGCGUCUCUAGCCCCAUGGCAGAGAAGCUCAAAGAAAUGGGCAUUUCUGUGAGAGGAGACAUAGUAGCCGUUAACUCUCUGUUAGAUCACCCAGAAGAGCUCCAGCCCAGUGAGAGUGAGUCAGAUGAUGAGGGCCCUGAAUUUUUGCAGGUGACCCAAGUGGACCGAGAAAAUAUUCUAGCAAGUGUUGCCUUUCCAACAGAAAUUAAGGUCGAUGUGUGCAAAAGAGUGAAUCUGGACAUUACGACUUUAAUCACAUACGUAUCUGCCCUCAGCUAUGGAGGCUGCCACUUUGUCUUCAAAGAGAAAGUACUUACGGAACAAGCAGAGCAAGAGAGGAAGGAGCAGGUUUUGCCACGGCUGGAGGCGUUUAUGAAGGACAAGGAGUUGUUUGCCUGUCAUUCUGCUGUCAAAGACUUUCAGUCUAUUCUAGAUACCUUAGGAGGACCUGGGGAGAGAGAGAGGGCCACUAUGCUGAUUAAGCAAAUUAAUGUGGUGCCUGACCAGCCUUCUGAGCGUGCCUUGAGACUAGUGGCCAGUUCAAAAAUCAAUAGCCGCUCGCUAACAAUUUUUGGGACAGGAGACACUCUAAAAGCCAUCACGAUGACUGCCAAUAGUGGUUUUGUCAGAGCUGCCAACAACCAGGGUGUUAAAUUUAGUGUGUUUAUCCAUCAGCCUAGAGCACUUACUGAGAGCAAAGAGGCUCUCGCCACCCCUUUACCAAAAGACUACACAACUGCAAUGAACACUGAUGAUACCCUUUAAAUAUUGUCAUGGAAAUAAGUUAUUGAUACCAAAGGCUGGGUCUUCCCAUCUUAAAUGGGAAGGAAGAAAAGGAGGUCUAUAGUAAAAAUAAUACUUAGCACUCUUAACCUGUAGAGUUGAUUGUGUUUCAUCUAUAAAAUACAUAACCCAAAGUAGAAAAAGCACAAGAGACAAGCGAUUUGCCAAACUGCCUACAUUUUAGCAACCAAGAAAAUACAUCUAUAUAAAGCUUU